AUGUCUUUGAGGCUUGUACAUAAUUUAAGAGCUCAAGGAUAUUCCUUGAGAGCAUUUUCAUGCUCAUCGAAAUGGUUGAAAGAACACAGACUGUCAAUAGAUACAGAUGAGAAAAGCCGACCACUGAUUCCGAAAGAGCUAGUAGCUCGUUCUCAAUCCAUUAGUAAAAACAGAAUACCAUCGAAUUUAGAGAUUUCAAAGUUUCAAGUUUAUGAAUAUGAAAGGUUAAGGAUUGUUCCUAAUUUGAGGACAUUUUAUGGAGGAAAUCCUCUUCACGAAGAGAAUCUCAACAUGUUGAAUGCGCUCAUAAGAAAAUAUAUAAAUUUACCUACUAGAGUAUUAGAGGAAAAGGAAAUGCAGAGCCAAAGGUUUGUGUCAUUUGAGGAAUACAAGAAAAGUGUUCUUUCAAGUACUCGUUUAAAGCCGAUCCACCAUAAAGACUUGACACUGUUGUUACAUAGAUUGAGAAGCAUAGAUCAGGAAUUAAUGCCUAAAGAAGUCAGCGAUACGUUAGCAGCAUUCACAAGAAAAUCAAAUGUUACCCAUAAAGUUCAGCAAGAAGUACAAGAAUUGGAUUCAUUCGGUAGAGCACACUCAAGUGCAAAGAGAAAGGAUUCAGUUGCCAAGAUCUUUCUUAGUAGAGGUGAUGGCCAAGUUCUCGUUAAUGGUAAGUCGUUGGUUGAAUACUUUCCCAAAGAUGUUGAUAGGGUGAAGAUUGCAUACCCAUUUCAAGUCGUGAGUCAAGAAGGAGGGUACAAUAUUUUCGCUAGAGUUCAUGGAGGUGGAUCAACAGGUCAGCUGGAAGCCAUCAUGUAUGCUGUCGCAAAAGCACUAGUAGUUUUCAAUCCAUUACUCAAAUCGAGAUUACAUAAGGCCGGCUUGAUGACAAGUGAUGCAAGAAGAGUUGAGAGGAAGAAACCAGGUAAACUUAAAGCUAGAAAGUCUCCUACUUGGGUCAAGCGUUGA